UUGGCUCAGAUGUAGGGUGUCGUUCGGUGCUGCGAAUAUGACACGCGUAAGGAUGGUGAGGAACCCGCUGGCACGGGGCUUCCGUGUCGGCGCUGCGCUUGCUCUUGCUUUUGUUUGCCCGCUUCUUUGGGAGGUCAGCUUCGUGGCUCCCAGUCCGACUCGCGCAACCCGCGCUUCGUUUGGAACGCCCUUCUUCGACCGUCCUUCCCGCAGCGCCGGCGCUUCUCGCGUCGGCGCAAGCCGCGCCGUUCGCCCCGCUUGCCGGGCUUCGGGCGGCAACCUUUCAUCCUCUCAGGUGUACUUUGUGGGGAUUGGCUGGUAUUUGAUGCACUUUGUGGUAAGCAUUGGAAAUGACAGCAUCAUGAAGUUUUUAGGAGAGAACUUGCCACCGUUUCAGAUCGUUUUCUUGCGCUUUUCGGCGGCUGCAUUGGUGCUUCUGCCCAUCCUCGUGUUCCAGGGCCGAAGCGGCUCGGCAUAGCCGCAUAGCUCGGCGCCGCGCUCUUUCAGCGCUCUGAGCAACUCUUUCUUUGUGUCAGGUGCCUUCAAAUCUGCUAGGCUGGGUGCGGGUGCGGAUGUUUUCCGGUCCCCUUUGUUGCAAGUGCUGCAACAGUUUCUCGUUCG